AUGUCAGAAUCGACAACAAGACUGAAACAUUCACGAUUUCGACAUGUGUUUGCAAAAAGCGUUCGCCGAAGUGAAUGGUAUGAUGCAGGACCAGGGCAUGCAGUGGCAGUUACGGUUAACCCCAAAAUGAUUGCGCUUUCAAUAGACGUUUCAGCCGGUGGACUUGUACAAGUGGCUAAACUGUGCACUAUGGGUCGCGGCCAUAUUGAAAUGGCUAAAAUCAAAGAUCACCAGGGCAUUGUAUGUGAUGUGAAAUGGAAUCCAUUCAACGACAACGUACUCGCAACGGCUUCUCAUGAUGCUACAGUGCGUGUAUGGCAUAUCGACGACAUGCUAAGAAUACGGUGUUUACGGAUUUCUCGAAUGCACACUCGUCGAAUAAUGUUCAUCGAAUGGCAUACCACUGUUGAUAACGCGGUCUUCUCGGCUUCGUUAGAUGGUCGUAUCAUUCUGUGGAAUAUUGAAACCGAUGAAAUGGUUUAUUCAGUUGAUGACUGUCGAGCUACUUCUCUUUCACUAAGUUAUAAUUGCGCAGAAUUCGCUGUGACCACUCGUAAUCGUGAAUUGAUAAUCUUCAAUGCACGAACUGGUUUGAAAGAACGACAGACUGAAUUGGUUCAUGAUGGUAGUAUGCCAUCACGAGUACUGUAUAAUUAUUCGAAUGAAGAGGUUUACGAGCAUUUGAUAACGACUGGUACUUGUUUUAAUACGAGACGUCAGAUUGCUGUGUAUGAUUCGAUUGAUUUGAAAGCACCGUUGGCUGUCAUGGAUGUUGAUAGCGGAUCGGGUUUACUGAUGCCUAUUAUCGAUAACGAUUUGAAUCUUCUUUAUGUUGCUGGAAAGAUUAGCUAUCUGACGGCACAAGAAACGAAUCGUUUUCAGGGUGAUGCAAAUAUUCGAUUCUAUGAACUAAGCAACGAAGCACCAUUCAUCACGUAUUUGAACGAAUCAUUCGGUAACAAAGCGCAUACAGCUGUGUGUGCUUUACCGAAGCGAGGUCUUAAUGUAUCACAGUGCGAAAUAAUGCGUAUUUUUCGAGUUGAUGCUACGCAAUUGGUCAUUGAACCACUUUCUUUCAUUGUACCGAGAAAGGCAGACUGUUUCCAAGCUGACCUCUUUCCGGCCACUCGCUCGCCAACACCAUCGUUGUAUUUCCGAGAGUGGUUGGCCGGUCUUGACCGGAAACCGAUCCUCAUUGAGCUGAAGGAUUGUGUGUUGAACUGUACGAACAAACCGGUUACGUUCUGUAAAGAGUCUGCAAAGCGUACACCCAAACUCGUCACUGCUGAUCUUAAUAACGACCGGAAAUUCCGCUUUUUAUCGCAGGUAACGAAACCAGAUUAUCGUGAGGUCAAUGAGCGCGAGGACAGAGAUGAGUUGCUAAAAGUUGAACAAAUCAAAGCGAGAAUUGCCGCAGAGGAAACGACAGAUGCGGUUGACGAACAUCAACGAAGUGAUAAAAAUAAAGCAUUCAUAAGCCAUAGUAACGAUGAUGUAGAUAUGAACGAAGAGUGUUCGUUAAAAGCGGGAUAUGAAGUGUCGCUAAUGAACCAUAAAAAUAACUUCAUGCAGUAUUCGAUUGAAAAUGACAUCUCGAAGCCUGUUUCCGCAAUAAAGAACAAACGACCAGCUUCAGUGAACAGUUAUAUCGAUAAAGCAAGGUCGUCACCAACUAGUGAAAUAAAAACAGCUCAUCCUCAUGACUUGUCCUCUGUAUCGCAUUCUACCGAAAGUGGUAUCGCGUUUCGUGCACGUUCAACACCCAACUCAACCAGAUUGUUGCACAAAAAGAAUGACACCUCUAAUGACAAUGGAAUACCUGAACACUCCGAUGAGAAUGCAACCACUCGCAGUUGUGCAUCGUUUGAUUUGGUUCGUGAACUCGAAAAAGAACUUUAUAAGUAUCAACAUCGCUGUGAACAGCUCGAAAACAUCAUCUGCAUACAGCAGCAAGAUAUCGACAGCCUGCGAUACGAAAUUCGAUGGAAAGAUGGUCGUAUUGAGUUUUUACAAUCUCAGCUCGCCGAACUCGAUGCAACACAUUCCAGUUCAUCACAUUCGCCAUAA